UUAUGUGGCCUUGUCUCGACCGCGGACAGACAGACGCAAGUGGACCGGUGUGAAGCUAAGCUAACUCGUUUUCAUUACCGCCACUCAAUUUUAAAUUUUGCAUCACUUCCAUUUGCAGCACAUGCGUGUAUGUGCUUUCGAAAAAUCGCAGCUACCCGCAAACAUCCAAGAUAUUAGGCUAAAAGGCUUAACAUUAAAUUGAAGCGGCCACGGGAGAAAACCCACACAGGGAGUGGAGAAGAAAAGUCAAGCAUGGCAGAAUUCCUCGAAGACCCGUCGGUUCUUACUAAAGAAAAGCUGAAGAAUGAGCUCGCUGCCAACAACGUGCCACUUCCUGGCGGAGAGCAUAAAAAAGAAGUGUAUGUGCAGCUGUACCUGAAAAACUUAACCGUACUGAACGACAAGAAGAGCCCGCCCACAGACCACUUCUCCAGCGAUGAAGAUCUGCCCGCGCCCGUGGUGUCCAACAAAAGUCGCUCUGGAAGGAAAGCUACCAAAAAGACAGACAAGCCACGCUCUGUGGAAGUUGAGGUGACAGACCUCACAGAUGAAGAUUUAAGACAACAGCUGGCAAAGCAUGGCUUUGAGUCAGGACCCAUUGUUGCCUCAACACGUAGAUUGUAUGAGCAGAAGCUGCAGAAGCUGAUGAACCAGCCUCCACCUGAACCUGAACCCCCUGCACACGUCACAGCUCUCCCCAAGGCAGAUAGUAACCAGAAUGGCAAUACAAAUUCCGACCAGUAUAGUGACAAGGAAGAUGAAGAGAUUGCUGCCCCUGAACCAGAGCCAGUUCCUGUGGUGGAGAAGGCUGUGAGGAGCAGAGGGAAAGCUCCAGUCACUGCCAGGACCAGCAGCAGACGACAAACCAAGCAGGUGGUGGAGGAGGUUACGAUCGAAGAGACUCCAAAGAAGGCCAGCAAGAGCGCUGUUGAAGACAUCCUUGCCAAUGAAAUAAGCACACCAACAGGCAUCAGUGCCACUUGCAGGCGUCCAAUCCGAGGAGCUGCUGGUCGACCUUUAAAACAAAGUGAUUACUGGUUAAAUCAAUCCCGUGUGCAGCACAGCGCCCAAACCGAGAGCCGCUCGCAUAAGGAGUCUCUCGUCCGACCGGGCAGCUCCGGCGGUUCAAGCAAAGCCACGCUCUGUCGGCGCGUCUUGUCCUUGUUGCUCAAGCUGCUCCUCCUUGCUGCGGUGGUUGGUUCUCUGUACUAUGUCUACGAGAACCUGGAUGAAGAUCAGAUCAACACCCUCAAAGGCCUCCGGGACAGUGUCAUCGUCCCAAUCCAGGAGGCUGUGGAAAACACAGCCGCCUACCUGGGCAACAUCACCGUUGGCAGUGCUACUGAGAGCGCUGACGAGUAAAGACCCUCAGCAGUCCCCUGCUAUGCCCAUGCCACCUCCCGCCUGCCACAACACAUCACACCACAACUCAAGCAGACAACGUUGCUCACCUCUUAUCAACUCUUGUCCUACAAGGAAAAAAAGGACCGAUGUAAUUGGAAUGAUGAACUGUCUCUUCUCUGGAUUCCAGCUCUCUACUCUCACCACAUUAGGGAGACGUAACUCAAACAGUAGCUUCUGGAUAACACUGUUUUGUGGCAGUCACAAGAGACUCAUUUUGAUGUUUUAAUCUGUGAAAUGUUUUGUUAUGUCUGUGCGUAUUUAACCCUUGUCUGUAGAAACAAGUGCAAAAUAGAGAGGCUAGUUUAUCCAUGCAUGGUUCUAGUUUUUGAAGGUCAUACUGUAGUUUCUAAUGCUCCGUGCCAGGUGUUUUUCUGAAGGUGAAGUGCCUGGACACUCUUAGCGCCCUCCCAUUUUCCACGCACAAAUCCGCGCGACUACUAAUGCCAGAAUGUCUACAUGUGUUUCUAUACGAAUUUCAGAAUUUGCUCUGUAGCUGUAGACGACUGUAGUUAGAACGAUUCAUUAUUUCUAUGGUGCUCAGGAAGAUUCCGCUCAACCGUUUCUUUGUGGUCUGUGCUGGGAGGAGACACGUGGUCAGGUCACAUCACUGCAUGAGGAAAUUCAGCCCACAUUCAUGUUGAAGUAAAAACGAAACCAUUUCUUUCUUUCUUUUUUUAAUUGUUGAGUGCAACAUUCUUCUGUAAAACUGAUUUGAUUCUGCUUCCUCUACAUUUCAAUAAUAGUUUUUAACUUUUAAUAGACUGACAAUUUUGGCAUCUUUGUUUCAGAAUCCUUGUCAGCAAACAGACAACUUUUUAGUAUCUACUAUUUAUCAGACAAGCACUCCUUGAGGAUGUGAAUAUUGCAGUGUUUAAUCAUACGUUGAUUUUUAAUUUUUAUUGUUUUUCCCCAGUCCUGCCAGUGUGGCCAUAUAAGUUUACAUGCUUUGAGUUUUAGUGCUCUGUUGUGCUUUCUUUUGUUUUUAUUAGAUUUCUGAUCCUUCAGUCCUAAAUGCAGGACUGGCUGGUGAUAUGCACCCACAUUGCCCAUCUCACUGACUGAAUUAGUGUCCGGACAUGGAAGACACAAGAAGAAAGUUUUGAAAAGUUGGGACAUUAAUACGUUUAUUAUCGUAAGAACUCUCGACUGUUUCUGCCUGUGCAAAUUACUAGAGAUGGAGAUGCUGUUGGUCACUGGAUGGGGGGGUGUGAGGGGGAGGGUUUAUGCACUGGAGGUGAUGUCACGAGGAUGGGAACAUUUGUGGGGCAUCAUUGUUUCUAUUUUGAUAUUUUUCUAAAGAGGUGUGUUUAACUUACUAUAUAGCACAUUUUAGAGUUUGAAUCAAGCAUGUAAUCCAUGCGAGUAAUUAGAGUAUCCUAAUCUGAUCGUUCGCCAGGCAGCUCUCCUCACAAUGGACAUAAAUGACAAGGGUUGUGUGGGUAAGGAUUUUUAAUCUGAUUAUUUGUGAUAAUGUAGGCAGUGUAUCAUAAAAUAAACUUGGUUGUUACCAUA